GCGAAUCACAAUCAGAACAAUUAGAUAUUUUUACAAAAGAAGAGAAAUUACACAUGCUAUUUAUCAAUAGAUGGCUUGAGAGAUUUGGAAUAGUUUUCUUUAAGGUUCAUUAGGAUUUCAAUAGUUUUUUUUUAUUAAAUUAGACUUUGCAUCUGUGGGUGAACCCGCCGAAAAGGAAAUUUCGUAAUUUAUACGAAAAAUAUGGCUUUAUUGCAAAUCCGCCAUUCGGUCAAUUUCACAACUCUAUUUGUGAAAUCUUUAUGCACAGGUACGAUAAUUAUUUUUGAUUAUUUUAAUUUAAUUUUUAAUUCUCAAGUCAAGCAGCUCAAUGGCAGCGUGCAACGACUCUACCCGGAUGUGCCCAAACCCGGACACCCAGCCAACUCAGCGAAGAUCCUCAAUGGAGAGUCGAGCUUCUUCAAGUCGGAGCGGGCACGCGACAUUGGUACGACCUUCGUCCAUUACGGAUCCGUGUCUGACUCCUACGUCUUCUUCGGGGCAGUCAAUCGCAACGACUACGGAUCAGCUCAGAUCAACGUGCCCGAACCCUUCCUGGCCAGCGGACACUCCACCUACUUCAACACGCCGGGGAGUCAGUGGGCCCGAAUGGACAAGUAUCACGCCAAGGACACACAUGGAUCUCAUGAUAUCGUUUAUCGUGCCAAGGCAACGUCCGAUAUCCUAAACGGUCUUUUUAAAUCUGCUCGCUUCUAUUCGACGACAACGAGGCCAACGCUGACGACGACGACGACGACGACGACGACGACGACGACGACGACACCGACGAAGAAGACGACGACGACACCGACGAAGAAGACGACGACGGCAACGACAACAAACGCCGAAGACUGCCAAAUAAAAAAUCAGAAAAUUAUCAUAAGCAAGAAGGACCGUUUGAGGAUUACUGCAGUGCAAUUAGGCAUUGGCAUCUUAGUCACAUACUUCGUCGUUUCGCUGCUGUCCUUUUCUAUCUUGUACGCGUUUAUCAUAAGAGGUGUCGACUUGAAAGGAUUUGUCAAUCAUUUGUACACAUUUCCCGAAGAGAAGCUCAACUCGAUAUUCGACGAGAAUUCAGAAGUUAGGCUUGCCUUCAAGAUCAACAAUUUAAUCUUUCAUUUAAGAAUAACGUUCACUCUUUUCACUACGUUAGUUAUUCUUAAGUUCUUGAGAAGGAAGAAAAUUGUGAAGACGCCGAAGUAUAUUCUCAGAUCAUUGGAGAAUCGCAGUACAUCCAAAUGAGCAGCGUGAUCGAGGAAAAAGAUUUGUACCGUUGGGUGCCCUAAUAAGCGUCCAGUUGUCGAUGGAGAAAUUUAUGCGCUUUCGUACGGGCACUAGUGUUUUUCAUCUUUUAUAAUUCGAUGCGAUUUUUCACACUAUAUUGCAUCUAUUUCUAUUGAUUUCAUAGGAAAUUGAUAGGAUAUGAUACACUGACGCGUGUACUUUAGUUAAGAGGAUAAUGUGAUGAAAUUAAGGUAUUGAACCUUAGCAUAUUCCGCAACCGUUACGAUUUCGAUAAGAAAUUUCGAUAUUUACAAAAUAUGAUGUAUUUAUUGUAAUUAUAUAAGUUAAAAUUGAGGUUAUGAAGAAAAU